CUUGUUAUUAGGAUGGGAUAUUGCCACGUCGAUUGUCUCCAAAUACCCCCCCCAACACAGUGGAGGUCCCAAUCUCAGAGAUGCCUCAGCUAGAAAAUGCUGUGGAAGAUGCAUUUGGGCAGAUCUUAAAGUCCUAUCCGGCCUUCAACGAACCCAAUUCCCCAGAGUUGCUAAAUAUUAGAUUUGAUUUAGUGUCCUUGGCAAGACUGUGUUUCAAACCUUGGUUAUGUGUAGACUUCGCCGAGCACGGGUACGUGGAAUUGGAAGUAAUUGGGGCUGACACCCCAUGGUGCGCCACCUGCAGGCAAUUUUAUCAUUUUGCGGGCGACCCGGCAUGCCCGAAGAACAAGAACCGGAAUACAAAAGGGCAGGACGUGAGAACGCAGCUCGAAAAGGACCGGGUGGAUCCCCACAUGGGGGAUCAAAAAAGGACAAUGGGAAAUGUCAACAGGAAGAGGGAUCUGGUGACGGCCGGAAGGAGGGAGAAUCUGGGAGAUAAGGAGAAGGGGCCAGAGAGAGAGAAGCCACCAGAGGGGGAAGACGGGAAAAGGAGAGGAGAUCAGGGAGAUAAAGAAAUCCGGUCGGAGAACGGGAAAGGGGAUAAAGAAAAUCGUGAUUCAAACACGAAGGGAAAAGAGAAAGGCACUCUGGGGCGAAGGCGAAGAGUAGGGGUGAGGAAGAAAAUCUACCGACAAGUGCGAAAGAACACAGUCAAAGGGAAAGAGGAUAAUGAUCUUAAAGACACUGAGAUGAAAGAAGCCACAGGGGAAGGAGAGAAAAGGGAGAAAGAGCAGUCAGAAGAUGAUCCAAAACAGGAGGAAAGAAACACAGGACAAGGAGGUGGCAAUGGAGACAAGUCAGAGAAAGGCAAUGAAAGAAGCAAGUUCGCAGAGGAGCAGGGUAUGGGGGAAUUCGAGGGCACAGAGGACACAGAAAACUCAGAGGAUGAGGAUACGGAAUCCUCAGAGGACUUAGAGGACUCAGAGGACUCAAGGAGCCCCAAGGGAGCAUGGGAAGAGGACGUGGAGGAAGAAGGAGGAAAGGGGGAGGAAUAUGAGGGGGAGGCGAACGAAGAAACCCGAAUCGGGGAAGAUGAUUCAGAUGAAGACGAUGAGGAGGAUUUCCUGGGAGUGGUGGGGAAGUCGUUAUCUGGGGAAGGGAUAAAAGAAGGAGAGGACAGUGAGGAUAAGGAAGAGUCCCGACCAGCCCUUCCACAGGUGACAGAUGCGGCAUGAGGUAUAGGUAUCGGUCGGCGUGCCGGCAGAGCACUUCUACCGGUCGACAACAGUGGCCCGAUAAAUAAAACUUCUCGUG